AUGAAGCGCUUCAAGUGGCUUCGUCUGAAGAAGAAAAUCAGAGCAACGGAAGAGCCCUUCCCUAGGGUAGAGGUAGACACAGCUGAGGAGAUCACUGAGCAAAGUGCAUCCACAGCUGGGUCGCCGCCGCCGUGCCCGAGCCGCAGGCUCUCCGCGGGCCUAGGCGCGGCGGCCCGAGAGAGGGUCCCCUCCGCCGCCGCCCGGGGGAGGAGAGAGGGGGAGCGAGCCAACCGUGCGCUCCGCCCCCUCCCCCUGGGACUGUCGCUGUCGCCGCCGCCGCCUCCGUCGGGCGGGGAGGAGGAGGAGGACCGGACCGUCCGCCGGGCCCCAGCGCCCGUCGUCAACAAGAGGAAGGAAAAGAGGGGUGUGAAAACAUUUACCCAUAGUUCUUCCCACAGCCAGGAGAUGCUUGGAAAGCUCAAUAUGCUUCGAAGUGAUGGCCAUUUUUGUGAUACCGCUAUUCGUGUCCAGGACGAAAUCUUUCGGGCACACAAGGUGGUGCGGGCAGCGUGCAGUGAUUUCUUUGGCACCAAACUUGUUGGCCAAGCCGAGGAUGACAGCAGGAAUGUAUUGGAUUUGCAUCAUGUGAGAGGCACUGGAUUUACAUCCCUUUUGGAGUAUGCUUGUACAGCAGCUCUAUCUAUUAACACAGAAAAUAUCAUUGAUGUCCUGGCUGCAGCCAGCUACAUGCAAAUGUUUAGUGUUGCCAGCACCUGCUCAGAGUUCAUGAAAUCAAGCAUUUUAUGGAAUACAUCCAACAACCAACAAGGAAAGGGACUAGAUGCUGGUCAAGAAAACUGUCCUAACUGCAAUUUUACCUCUCGAGCCGGUAGUCUUUGUCCAGUGUCUUCAGAAUGCAGUGUGGUAGAAAGGGCCAUUCCUGUCUGCCGAGAGUCCCGGAGAAAGCGUAAAAGCUACAUGGUUAUGUCUCCUGAAAGUCCGCUUAAGUGUAGCACACAGACAAGUUCUCCCCGAGUGCUAAAUUCUUCAGCUUCCUAUUCAGAGCCUAGAAACCGACCAGUUGACUCUUCCUUAGCUUUUCCCUGGACUUUUCCGUUUGGAAUUGAUCGGAGGCUUCAGUCAGAGAAGGUUAAGCAGGUAGAAAAUUCCAGGACUUUAAAACUAUGGGGCCCAUCUGAGGCAGCUAGAGGAAUGACUGAUUAUGUGACAUGUAAGAGUACAAAGGCUAAUUUGCCUCUGGUUACUGAAGAGGAUGUAUGGGUCAAAGUGGAAAGGUUAAGUGAUGAGGAAGUUCAUGAGGAAGUGUCCCAGACUGUCAGUGCUUCUCAGAGUUCCCUGAGUGAUCAGCAGACAGUGCCAGGAACUGAGCAAGUUCAGGAGGAUCUUCUAAUUAGUCCUCAGUCUUCUUCUAUAGGCUCAGUAGAUGAAGGAGUCACUGAAGGACUACCUACACUUCAGAGCACCUCGGGCACUAAUACUCGUGUAGAUGAUGAAGAUUGAUUGGAAAAUGUUCAGUAUCCCUACCAACUCUACGUUGCUCCUUCUACCAGCAGCACAGAACGACCAAGUCCAAAUGGCCCACAUAGGCCUUUUCAGUGUCCAACUUGUGGGGUCCGAUUCACCCACAUUCAGAACCUUAAGCAGCACAUGCUCAUCCAUUCAGGCAUUAAACCAUUUCAGUGUGACCGCUGUGGGAAAAAGUUCACCUGGGCUUACUUGCUAAAGGUGCGUCCCCUAAAGCAUGAAGUGAUUUCCUAG